GGAUGACUGCAUUUCUUCGUGACUUUAUAUAUGCUGAAAGCGUCUUCGCUGAGCUCUACACUACCGUCAUCUCGUCGAGCUCUUCGAAUAUGUUACCUUGGUUAUAUCCCCCUUGUGUUCGGUUGGACCCAGAUUCGCUCUUUCGUACGGCCAACCGACCGCAAUGUCGAAAUCAUCGUAGACGCGCAGGAGCGCAAAAAGGUCUCCCGAAAAUAUGCAAGCCAGGCUCGGCUCGAGCGCUCCACGACCCCCGGGAAGGGUGGGAGUCGCUCCGUCACGAACGACAGCCAGGGCGAAUACGUGGCACAGAUGGAACGGCUUGUCCGGGAUCCUCCUUCAUAUCCUGCGCCGCCAUAUCGUCGGCUUCCUCUGAAGCCUCUUCAAUGGGGAAUCAAGAAAAAAGUUAUGUCUCACCCGAGGUGCAACUUCCCACACAGUGCUUCCGAAGACGAGGCGGAUGGAGGAGAAGGCCAGGACAUUACUCCUCCAAAUCCCGACAUUCCGUACUACCAUCACCUCCAUGUUUUGGCGUCUACCCAGUCAGAGACAGAAGCGUGGGCAUCCUACACCCAGCUGUUGAAGCUUCCUGCUCCCGAGAGCUUCCCGGAAAAUAUCCCAAUCCCGUUUCCGAACCUCCACCGACUUUGUCGCCUGCUGUCUCGCAGCAAACCAAAAAAUCGAACACUCUUCCUUCGACUGCUCUCCGUCAUGUACCUCAUAUAUCGGUCCGGUGGACAACUCCAAGUCUUUCAUUGGAACGCGCUCAUAGAUUGUGCAGGAAAGGGAUUGCGGAAGCCAAGGAUGGAGGAUUUCAAGUUGGCUCUCGACGUUUUCACAGACAUGAUCACUGGAAAGCCCCCGGGCGCGACGUACUCCCCUAGCGAGUACCGUGUCAUGUCGGGUUUGGGUGAGCCCAUCCAGCCUGAUAUCAUCACAUACACCACCCUUCUUAAUAUCGCUGCAAAGACCUUGCAAGGUCAUGCAUUGCGCCAAGCAAUCUCGCUCUUACGAUCGUCGGGGCUUUCUCCAAAUCGAAUAACCCAUCUCUGCCUCAUGGCAUACUAUACUUCCACCAGAGAUCUAAAUGGCAUUCGAGGCACCCUGAUUCAGAUGCAUUCUAGAGGGCUAGAACUUGGCAUCGAUGGCGUUAAUUCUUGUAUGUGGGCUUUUGCGCACAGACGUCUCGAUAUUGUCAGAGAUAUCUAUCGCAUUCUCCGACACUCAAUAUCUCCUGAGCCGAAUGUCGAGGAGAUUGCGUCUUUGAAACAAAAGCUACAGGAGGAGGAAACGAUACUCAUACCUGAAGGAAUGCGGCCGAACAAGAUAACGUUUACGUCGAUGGUUCAGUGCAUGUCUUAUAACGGGGAUCUGGAUGCGGCAUUAGAUACUUUCUACGACAUGAUGACCACGGAUAACGUCGAAGUUGGUGCAGUUCUUCAGCCUAACACUGAUGGGAUGUUGAAGCCGGUGCCGUACAACGCCACUCAUGCUAUUUACCGCGCCUUCUUCCUCGGUUUCGCGCGACAUGGGGAUCACAUGCUAGAUGGGCUGGCGUCUCGACUGCAACAAAAACGUCCGUGGUCCUUCGAUGCGCUGCAGUCGAUAUAUGACACCUUCAUCAUUAUGCCUGGUGACGACGUUCCUACGAAGACCACUAUCUAUUGGCUCAUGGUCGCCUUUAACAAAGUUUCGGGUCGAGAUUUAGCGUGUAUGCGACAGGUGUGGACCGAGAUGGUGGAAAGGUUUCACGGGCCAUGGGGGGGACCGGACAAUCGGUUGCAGCGAAUGCAUCGUUCUCUGGCUCUGCCGGAUGAAGAAGCGGGGAAAUACCUUCAGGAGCUGGAACACUACAGCGAUAACAGCGGUGGUUGGCGAGAGAGCGACUGGCUAUAGUACAGUUCAUUUGUGUAGGUAUGUUCUAAUUAAAAGACAGAAGUUCAAACAGUCACGCCUUGGACGCCUCGUGUUCAGUCCUCCAUGUGAUGUACUCGUCCCACCCGACUGUAUGCAAUCUGCUCUGGUACCUCCUGAGCUUGACACUUCUUCUCAAGUCCUCAGUAAUAGACCCAUUCCAUCCAGCCUUGUGGAUGGCACUAUCCACGGCUUCAAUCCUAUCCCAACCUUGCUCAGGAAUGACGUCGGGCAGGUAGGUGGCAGAGAAGGAAUGUUUCGAGGUAAGUCGAGGCAGGUAAGGGUAAGACGACAUGGGGGACGGCGUUCCAGACGCUGUGGGCAAUAAAGAAGGAUGGGGAAAGGUGAUAUAAAUCCCAUGAACACCGAUGGUCCAAUCGAGGUACGAGUCUGCAUCCUCAAAAUCAGUAAGGAGUGAU